AUGCAGAUGCGUAUCAACCGGAUCGUCGCCUCGCUCGGCGUCCUCGUCACGGUCGCCAUCAUGACCGCCUCGAGCUCCGUCUCGGCCGAUGUCGUCCAGAUCCGCGAGGACUCGGUCUUUGCCCGCAACUACGAGCGCGCUGUCGCGGCCGACUUUGACCACACGCCGCGCUUCGAAAAGCGCCGCCCGCACAAGCGCCACAACAAGAGCACGCCCGUCGAGGACAAGUGCGGCCGCCCCACGCCCACCAAGAAACCCGCUCACAAGGGACACCACCACGGUCACCACGGCCACGGCGGCAAGGGUGGCAACAACAACAACAACAGCAGCAACAACGACGACGACGACGACGACUACAGCGAGAACCACUCGAGCUGGAACUCGGAGUCGCACUCUUCGGCGUCGGCUGCGUCGGCGUCGAGCUCGGCGUCGGCCGCCCAGGCUUCGCAGAGCUCGAGCAGCCACUCGAGCUCGAGCAACACGAACAACACCGACGGAAAGGGCGGCAAGGGCGGCAGCAGCAGCAGCAACAGCAGCUCGUCGGACCACUCGUCGAGCAGCUCGUCGAACUCGAGCUCGAGCAGCUCGUCGUCCUCGAGCAGCAGCUCUACAUCGAGCUCCAGCUCCAGCGGAUCCUCGUCGUCGUCGUCGUCCGGAGGCAGCCACCACGGCGGCAGCGGCAACGGCGGCAACGGCGGUGGCGACUCGUCUUCGGGCAAGCCCUCUUCCAACGGCACCUGCCCGCGUGGCUGGUCGCCCGCGCGCAACGGCGACACGCUCGUGUCGAACAAGAACUCGCUGCUGGACCUGAGCGACCUCUCGAUCAACCUCAGCAUCCUCUCGGCCAACGGCGACGCCAAGCAGGAGACGCACAAGGCGACGGCCAAGCCCAAGUGCAAGGGCAACGCCUGCUGCUACCAGGUCGUCAAGAGCGGCACCACGACCGUCAUCAACGACAACUCGCUCAUCAACCUCAAGGGCGCCAGCAUCGACGUGUGCAUCCUCGGCAUCUGCCUCUGA